ACUAGAACCAGAUCUAACCUCUAACAUCUAACUUACUUACUUUAUUGUUUGAUUCACAGAACCAAAACUGGACUGAUUUGAUUUGAUUUGAACAAGAGAAGAGCAUGGUUGGGUUCCACCAUUCCAGUUCUAAAAGGGAAACUGAACUAGGUCGGUUCGUUUUGUCGCCGACAUUACUGUCGAUAUAAACUCUAGUUCCACGAAAACUGGAAAACCCAAGACCUGAAAUUACAUAAAAUUCAAAAGAACCGAGAGUUUACAAAAGAAGGCGGCAAGCUGCAAUGUCAACUGCGGAUGGCGAUGUCUCAGAAAGCCUCUCAGAUAUCGACGACUCCGAGGUUGCUGGGUACCUUAACAGCAAGGAGGCGGCGCGGUUUAAAAGAUUCAUUUGGGAAGUACUUAACAAGGACUACGAUCAGGGAAAGAGUAGAAAACGAGCCAGAAAAGCCAAGAAAGCUGCACCUGCAGAAAAAACCGCCAAAGUUUCUACUGUGAUAAAUAACAAGGAGGGACCUGGAUUUGAAGAACGCAAGGAGUCUAAUUGCGGCAGUGGUAAGCAGCUGUCAAAUCAGAAAAAGAUUCAUUUUGAAGUUAGUCAUGAUGAGGAGCUCGAACAUGAAAAUAUGUACAGUGAAGAGGCUGAAGCCGGAGAAGGCUACGACGAUGAUACACAUGUUGCAAAUGACGAAUAUAAUGGAUACAAUUAUGAUGAAGAAUACAAUUACGAUGAGGGAUAUAAUAACGACGAUGGAUAUGAUUUUGACGAAUUGUGACUCAAAUGGUCAAUGUUGUUUUCUUGAUUUUGGUUAACUUUUCGUGAUUCAGUGAAUUCAUGUUGUGAUCGAAGGGUUAACUGAUUAUCUGUCCUGUUUUUUGAGAAUUUUUUGAGAAGCAUUUACUGGUUCUUAACAAUUGUAUCUGUCUGAGGAAUACAAAUUUGAGGAUUGGAUCAUGUUAUGAUCUAAAAGCUUAAGCAGUUAACUGUUCUGGUUUUCGCCAA